AUAAUAGGCGAGGCGGAUGAUGACAUCUUCACACCAAGAUUUGGCGUGUAAAAAAGCUCCUCUCUUGGCAAGUAGCUCCGUACAAUAAAUACAGCUCUGAAGAACAGAAAUCUUGAUGGCGGCAUCUGAAAUCUGACAUUAUUGGAUGCUUAAGGAAAGAUUGAAUUAAUUUAACAGUUGGAAAUUGCAGAAAAGAUGGGAUGCGCCUGCAGUUCGGACUCAGACAGCGAAUGGAUUGAGAACUUGGACGAAAUUUGUGAGCACUGCAACUGCCCCAUUCCUCCCCAGGCGAGCAAUCCAUAUACAGACCAGGUGAUUCCAUACCCGUCACAGUAUACGCCUCCGACUUCACCUUUACCAGAUAACAUUGGGGUGGCCAUUUACAGCUAUGAACCCAAACAUGAAGGAGACCUGGGCUUCAACAAAGGAGACAAACUCAAGAUUAUCAACAAGAAUGACGCAGAGUGGUACCUGGCUGAGUCUCUCACCACGGGCCAGCAGGGCUACAUCCCAUACAACUUCAUUGCUAUGACCACAGUGGAGACUGAAUCGUGGUUCUUCAAGAACAUCUCUAGAAACGAUGCCAUGAGGCUCCUCUUGGCUCCAGGAAACACGCAGGGCUCUUUCUUGAUUCGAGAAAGCGAGACUUCCAAAGGGUCAUACUCAUUGUCCGUGCGAGAUCUGGACCACAACACUGGGGAAGGUGUGAAGCACUACAGGAUCCGCAACAUGGACAAUGGAGGCUUCUACGUCACAACCAAGAUAUCCUUCAACUCUCUGAAGGAGCUCGUCCAACAUUACUCCCGUGAACCAGAUGGAUUGUGCUCAGUUCUAGUGAAGCCCUGUCAGUCCAGAGUGCCACAGAAACCCUGGUGGCAGGACGAGUGGGAGAUACCCCGGGAGUCCCUGAAGCUGGAGCGCAGGCUCGGAGCCGGACAGUUUGGAGAAGUCUGGAUGGGUAUCUACAACAACGACAGGAGAGUGGCAAUAAAGAAUCUGAAGAUGGGCACCAUGUCAGUGGAAGCUUUCAUGGCAGAAGCCAACAUGAUGAAGAACCUGCAGCAUCUCCGUCUCGUCCGUCUCUUCGCCGUGGUGACCCAGGAGCCUAUAUACAUUGUCACAGAGUACAUGGAAAAUGGAAGCUUGGUGGACUACCUGAAAACACAGGAGGGAGGCAAUUUAUCCACCAACACACUGAUAGACAUGUCAUCACAGGUGGCUGACGGCAUGGCGUUUAUCGAGCGGAAGAAUUAUAUUCAUCGAGACCUGCGGGCUGCCAACAUUCUAGUUUCCCAAGAUCUCGUCUGUAAGAUUGCAGAUUUUGGCCUAGCAAGAUUGAUAGAGGACAAUGAAUACACAGCCAGAGAAGGUGCAAAGUUCCCCAUUAAAUGGACCGCUCCAGAAGCUAUAAACUACGGCACCUUCUCUAUAAAAUCUGAUGUGUGGUCAUUUGGGAUUCUUCUCACAGAAAUAGUGACAUAUGGACGUAUUCCUUACCCAGGUAUGUCUAACCCAGAGGUGAUCCAGAACCUGGAGCGGGGAUACAGAAUGCCGAAGCCAGAAAACUGCCCUGAUGAGCUUUAUGACAUCAUGCAGGAGUGUUGGAGAGAGAGAGCAGAGGAAAGACCCACGUUUGACUACCUGAAGCACCAUCUAGAGGAUUUCUUCACUGCCACAGAGAGGCAGUACCAGGAGUAGCUGCAGUGGAGAGAAAAGACACACAGAGACACAUAUGUGUAAUCAAACUAACAGCACAACUGGUGACAGUCGGUGCUGGAUUUUUAACUCUUUGCUAAAGAAUUUAAAAGUAGGAACUGGGACGAUCAUCACACGAGUUCGUUGUUUCUGUAUGAAACUAAUCCAGAAAACAUUUGCAGUAAUCUCUGAUGAAAACGUACGAGCAGGAGAGAGGAACGUGAUGAUCCUGCUGAUUAAAUAAACGGGGAACUCAGUGUUGGAGCUGAAUAAACAGCUGCUCUCCUGGUGCUUUUACAAUACCAUGUAAAUAGCUGCUUCAGUCGAAUUUUACCUCUGUGGCAUAAUAACGGUUUUACUUACAGUAACAAGCUUUUUGUGAAUGCUGUGUAUUAUUGCAUAAAAUUAGACAGACUAUUGUUGGGAAGCAUUUUAAAUAUAAAGAAGGAUGGACGUUUUUUAUUAUAGUGAAUGAAUGUCUAAUGUAUAAAUACUGAAAGAAGCAUUUCUGGAAUUGGAGUGAUUAAUGUACAUCAGUUUCAAAGUUCGUGUAAAUACAUCCUGAUACUUUA